AUGGAGACUGCGAUUCUACUGUUCUGUCUUCUUGGAUCAACUCUGUCAUUACCAAUGCAGCUCAGCCCUGCCUUGGGACUUCCUCCCACAAAGCUGGUUCCAGAUCAGGCAACACUACUAAACCAACAGCAGCCAAAUCAGGUCUUCCCUUCUUUAAGUCUAAUGCCUUUGACACAGAUGCUUACACUGGGGUCAGAUCGGCAACAGCUAAACCCUGCUGCAGGAGUGGCACCUGGUGCCCAGACCCUCCCACAGCAGCUGCAGCCACAGAUGUUACCAGUUUUUGUAGCACAAAUUGGAGCCCAGGGUACUAUCCUAAGCUCAGAGGAAUUGCCAGUGGCCCGGCAAAUCUUCACAAGCCUCAUCUUCCAGCCCUUGUUCCCCGGAGCCAUCCUGCCCACCAGCCAGGCUAAUCCAGAUGUCCAGAAUGGAAUCCUUCCUGCAGGACAAGGAGGAGUAAAGCCUGCCAUCCAGGGAACAUCAGAGAGCCCCUUCCCAACUCCCAGUGACCCAGACGAUGACUUGGGAGGGACCACCCCUGCAGGCAUCCAAAGGGGUACGCACACUACCAAGGAAACCACCACAAGGUCCCCAAAUGUAUCUUUGGCAGGGGAAAGAUCUGUUAACAAUCAAAAGGUGCAUAGUGUUCGAGGAAGUAGCUGGUCCCAACACCUGAUGGUUCCCCGAAACUACGAAUGUGGACGCUCAGCCCCUGUUGUUCUCAACUGGGGCUUAGUUGCUACUUCUGAUAAAGUAGGAACAGACCCUCAUGGACCUCACACCACCCUAAAUCAAAUGAGGUGA